UGUAAAACAAUUCCAAGUGGGACACGCUUAACUAUUUUUUUGCCAAUUCGCCAUUAAUUCCAAGCGUCUCAGCUGUUCCAAAAAAUUUGCGAAUCCAUUAAAUGUGUUUUACCAAGCGGCCGUCGCGAUCCGUGGAUUUUAAAGGCUCUUUAGCAGCGUCAGGGAGUUAAAAACCCGACUUUGUGGCCAAGAUUGCACAGAAAUCAGCGCCAGCGUCAGCAAAAGUUUCAUUAGCAACUCGGUUAUCAGCUGCGGAAACUAAAGUCGAGAGUUGGGCAAUCCACUAGGAAAAAGUUCAGAAACCAUAGAAACCAGUUGCCAUGGCGAGUCCCAGGACGCGAAGGGUGCUCCAGGAACUGAAGCCCCAGGAUGAGAACUCGAAAUGCUUUGAGUGUGGCACCCACAAUCCACAGUGGGUUUCAGUGACCUACGGCAUCUGGAUAUGCCUGGAGUGCUCUGGCAAACAUCGCAGUCUGGGAGUGCACUUGUCCUUCGUGCGAUCUGUUACCAUGGAUAAGUGGAAGGACAUCGAGCUGGAAAAGAUGAAGGCGGGUGGCAAUCGAAAUGCCCGCGAGUUCCUGGAAGAUCAACCGGAUUGGAACGAACGGGCGCCAAUUACCCAGCGUUACAAUUCCAAGGCGGCGGCCUUGUACCGGGAUAAAAUCGCAACUUUGGCCCAGGGCAAGAACUGGGAUCUCAAGGAAGCGGAAGCGCGAGUGGGCAGCAGUAAUAGUUAUAGCGGAGGGGGAGGCUCCAGCAACAACAGCAGCUCCCAAUCGCGUCCCAGUGCAACAGGUUAUGGCGGCGGUGGAGGCUAUCAAAACGGGGGAGGCGGCGAAACUGGAGGCUAUCAACAGUACCAAACGCAGGAGUUUAAGGACCAGAAAGAGGAAUUCUUCAGCAGACGCCAAGUGGAGAACGCCUCAAGGCCAGAACACUUGCCACCGAGUCAGGGCGGAAAGUACGCAGGUUUCGGGUUCACACGUGAACCCCCACCGAAAACGCAAUCUCAGGAAAUCAUCGACUCAACGCUGUCUACUUUGGCAUCUGGCUGGAGUCUUUUCUCCACGAACGCCUCCAAGUUGGCCAACACCGCCAAGGAGAAGGCCGUCACCACAGUCAAUUUGGCCUCAACGAAGAUUAAAGAAGGAACCUUGCUAGAUUCCGUUCAGAGCGGAGUUACUGAUGUGGCCAGCAAGGUCACCGAUAUGGGCAAGCGAGGCUGGAACAACUUGGCGGGCAGCAACAUCUCCUCGCCCCAGGGCGGCUACAACGAUCCCAACUUCGAGGACAGCGCCUACCAGCGCUCCAAUUCGGUGGGCGGUAAUCUGGCUGGCGGAUUGGGCCAGCAGAGCGGCGUAAGCGACAGCGACUGGGGCGGUUGGCAGGAUAACGCCAACAACAAGACACACCUGACCAGCUCCAGUUCGUACCAAAAUCAGCUUAGCAGCAGCGGAGGAAACGCCACCGCCGGCCUCACCCACGAUGCCGACUGGUCCGGCUUCGAGUCGUCCAAUUACCAGAGCUCGGAGACGUCCUACCAGAACGCUCCGUCCGGCGGAUCGACGGCCCGCCGCAACAUGAAACUGCAGGACACGUCGCAGAAGCUGAGCGAAGGAUUCGAGAACCUGGAUGUGAAGAAUGUCAAGUCCAAGCCGGCUGCCUCUGCUUCGGGGAAUAAAGCCACCGCCGAGGACGAUGCCUGGGACCUGUUGAUGAAUUAGAAUCCGUGCGAUUGUUUUUUGUAUUUCAUUCAGUUCGUUGUGUCUACUUUGUUAUGUGUCUUGAUGUCAGGCCGAGGCUGUUGUGCGCGCAUUUAAUGUAACUAACGAAUAUGUAUUCCCCAAAACUACCGGCAUGCUCCAACUUCAAACAUAUUGUGCAACUAUUCCCAUUUAUUUCCACAGUUUAGACCAAUUUUGUAUAGAUCUACUUAACGAAUUAAUUAGCUUAAAAUAUAUAUACCAGGAUUCUGAAGGUUGCGAUGAGAUGAGAAAAUACAUAUUAUGUUAACAAGUGUA